GGCAUUUUCAAAAAAAUUCUCAGAACCGGUGCGGGAUUCUCUCUCUAUCUCGUUCUCUCUCUCACCGUCUGCACUCUGCGGAGGGUGCCCUGCCUCGCCGCCGACGCCCCAACGGUUCGCCGGAGCGCCUCCGCGGUGCCGGUACGGACCUCCCACCGGCGACUCCCCUCGCUGUCAUUGGUGAUUUGCUCUCGAUCUCUGCAUACACCUCCGUCGGCCGCGAGCUCUCGCGCUCGUUCCGACGUUCGGCGUCUCUCCUUCGCCCUGGUUCGCUGGAGACUGUAAUCGGAGGUCUACAACAUGAUUGGAUCCUUUCUUACCAGAGGACUGGUAUUGGCCUUUGGCUAUGCCUAUCCGGCGUAUGAGUGCUACAAGACCGUCGAAAAGAAUAAGCCAGACCUCGAUGGGCUUCGCUUUUGGUGCCAAUACUGGAUUUUAGUAGCUCUCUUGACAGUUUGCGAGAGAGUUGGCGAUACUUUUGUUUCAUGGGUUCCUAUGUACAGUGAAGCCAAGCUGGCGUUCUUUAUAUAUCUUUGGUAUCCUAAAACGAGGGGAACAACCUAUGUCUAUGAUUCAUUCUUCAGACCUUAUGUUGCAAAGCAUGAGAAUGACAUUGAUCGCAACUUGCUAGAACUGAGGACUCGAGCUGGAGACUUUGCGGUUAUGUACUGGCAAAGAGCUGCAAGCUAUGGUCAGACAAGAGUUUUUGACAUUUUGCAGUUUAUAGCUUCUCAGUCAACACCAACGCCACGCCCUGCCCAGCCACCACAGCGAGGUAAUAGACCUCGCCCAGGGCCUUCUGCUGUGAAUCGCCAACCCACUUCUAAAGUUCCGGUUGAGAAUGAGGAGCCGCCAUCCCCCACUUCAAGUACAUCAUCGAUGCAGGAGCAAAGGGACGUGGCGGAAGUGGCAGGUCCUUCGAAUGUGCCCAAAGCAGUUCCUGCUCCAUCAGCUCCACCAGCUACGAAGACGGCCCCGGUUUCAGAAGAUGCCACCCAAGCCACGUCUAGCGAAGCUGCGGCUAAACAGAUUGAAGUUCAGCCAUCUACCUCGACUGAAAACGGCAAUCCUUCCCCGAAAGAAACCAUCAUGGAAGGGACAAUUUACCGAACACGUGCCAAAUUGAGGAAAGCCCGUGCUGCCCCUGUCAGAAAGGAAACGGAUUCGGAGACUCUUGACGUUGGCUUGCAGAAGAAGUAGAAUUUGGUUGGUUGGUGGUGGACCAGAACUGGUUGUGGAACCGAAUGAUGUUGAUGUAAAUUUGUUAUGCCGUGGCUCUCAUUCUUUACAUUGCCUUUGUUUUUGGACAUGCCCUCACUCAUAAAAGGAAAGGGGACUUUGAUAUUUUCAGUGGCGUUGCUGAGACGAGACCAGAUCUCUCUCUUUAAUUGAUAUCACGGGCGGUGCAAUUUUUGCUGUCGGGCAGUUGCUUCUCGUGACAUUGUACA